AUGGCAGACUCAGGAGCAACACAACCGAAACCCAGCAGCAGCGUAAAACUGGUGCUGCUGGGUGAGGCAGCAGUCGGAAAAUCUUCUCUCGUUAUGCGCUUCGUAAACAACGACUUUCAGGAAAACAAGGAGCCUACAAUAGGGGCCGCCUUCUUGACCCAAAAAUGCAACCUCCCCACCCGCACCAUCAAGUUCGAGAUAUGGGACACCGCCGGACAGGAACGCUUCGCCUCCCUCGCACCCAUGUACUACCGCAACGCGCAGGCCGCUCUCGUAGUAUACGACAUCACGAAACCGUCGUCUCUGACCAAGGCGCAGCACUGGGUCGCCGAGCUCCACCGCCAGGCGUCACCGGGGAUCGUCAUUGCUCUCGUGGGAAACAAGUCCGAUUUGGCGAGCGAAGGCACGAGCGACGCGGCGGACGAAGCCGACGCCGCGCCGGCGGCAGACGGAGACGCGGGAGCGGAAGGCGAGAGCACGGAUGCGAGGCGGGUGCCGACGAAGACGGCAAUGGCGUACGCCGAUGAGGAGGGCCUGUUGUUCUUCGAGACGAGCGCGAAGACGGGCCAGAAUGUCGCCGAGGUGUUUACAGCGAUCGCGAAUGCGAUCCCGGAAACGAGUCUCAAGGGCCCCAGGGGUGUGGGUGGCCAGACGAACCUGGGAAGACAGGAAGAUGCUCGGGUUAAUCUGGGGAGCGCGCGGGCGGAAGGUCCGAAGGAAGGGUGUGCUUGUUGA